AUGGGCGUGCAUUCGUCGAUUCGUCACCACCACCGGGAGCCGCGCGUAGUGGCGCUCAACGACGCGAGCUUCGAGCACCUGACGCAAGCCUCGACGGGCGCUACCACCGGCGACUGGCUGGUGAUGUUCCAUGGUUUGUCGUGCGACCGUUGUGAGGCGCUGGAGUCACGCCUGCAGGGCGUCGCGGCCAAGCUGCGUAACCGCGUGAUGGUGGCCAAGGUCUCUUCGGAGACAGACGGACGAGAGACGGCCAAACGAUUUGGCGUCGCCCCCACCCAGAUGACCAUCCUGUUUUUCCGGCAGGGCGUUGUGUACACGUACGACGUGAGCAGGCUGGAUCUGACCAGCUUGAGCGCGUUCGCCGUCGGCCUGUAUAAGGAUGCGCCGAGCCGGCCCGUGCCGGAGCUGCCUCAGACGCCGCUGAUGCUGGCGCUCCAGGUGGUGGCUGGCGUAGCCGUUGUCGCCUACAUUCUGAUGUUAAUCGUGUCCAAGCAGAGGGAGGCCGCGCAAAAGAAGAAGGGUUUCUGAGGCCGGAUACAGUGCGGGCUGUGCUGCCGUCAGAUCUGCAGGAUCGGACCGCAAUCCGAACCUAAACCGAUGUGUCCCCCCAGUGGCGUGCUGCAGCCACGGCGCGCGCCCCCGCUUGGGUCGAGCCGCGGGCAGGAGUGUGUUGUCAGCGCAGCGAGAAUUGCAGGGGCUGCGGGUGUGCACUACCCAUUCCAUGAGUGUUGUGGGCACCUAGCUAUUUUGGAACAGAGGUGACCGCACAGUUACGUUUCAGGAUGUUUAUGGUGUGGGGGUGAAAUGCUUGAUGUGACGGGCUUGUUGAUUUUUUACCCGCGCUUUGAUAAUAUAUUUGA